GCGGGGGCGUGUCUUGGGCGCGCGCGUGUUCCUGUGCCUGUACCGCGCGAAGCCCCGGGCCGGACGAAUUGCACCUGCAGCCAUUUGUCAGCGGCCAGGGCGACGCACCGGAGCCCCGCGAGAGCGGCGACCGUCGCCAAACGCCUCGCUCUGCCCGAGGGACGCACCAAUGAGCGGCGACGCCAGCUGCGAAGGCGGGAUGGAGGAGGCUGAAACUAGAAACCAACUGGAAACAUUACAAAGAAAGAAGAAUGCAAUCUUAGUGGAUGGAGUAAUUUUAAAUGGCCCUGUAGCAGAUUCCAAAGCAGGAGAAAAAUUUGUGGAAGAUGCCAGUAAGAUAAUCAUGGAGGAGGUGAUAAAGAAAGCUGCUGAUGUAACAGAAAAGGUGUGUGAAUGGCAACCUCCUGAAAAACUGAAAACAUUACUUGAUCUGGAUUUGAACAACACUGGAGAGACUCAUCAGAGACUCUUACAACUUUGCCAGGAUGUUAUACGAUUCAGCGUCAAAACCAAUCAUCCAAGAUUUUUUAAUCAGUUGUAUGCUGGUAUUGAUUACUACUCUUUAGUGGCCCGUUUCAUUACAGAAGCAUUAAAUCCAAGUGUGUAUACCUAUGAAGUUUCUCCAGUGUUUUUGUUAGUGGAAGAAGUAGUCCUAAAGAAAAUGAUUGAAUUUAUAGGGUGGGAAGAAGGUGAUGGCAUAUUUAAUCCAGGGGGCUCCGUUUCUAAUAUGUAUGCUAUGAACUUGGCUAGAUACAAAUACUGUCCUGACAUAAAGGAAAAGGGGCUUUCAGGCAUGCCAAGACUGGUGCUAUUCACAUCAGAAGAGUGUCAUUACUCCGUGAAGAAGGCAGCAUCUUUUCUGGGAAAGUCUGGCAUAAUAAAAUGUUUACUUCAUCGGCAGGCGAUGAUUCCUGAACAUCUGGAGAAGCAGCAUCAAAGAGCACUGAAAGCAGGAGCUGCACCGUUUUUCGUCAGUGCCACAUCUGGCACCACAGUUUUGGGAGCAUUUGAUCCUCUGGAUGAAAUAGCUGACAUCUGUGAAAGACACGGCCUUUGGCUGCAUGUGGAUGCGUCCUGGGGAGGCUCUACACUGCUGUCCAGGAAGCAUCGCAAGCUUUUGCACGGUGUUCACAGGGCGAAUUCUGUGGCGUGGAAUCCUCAUAAGAUGCUUAUGGCAGGCAUCCAGUGUUGUGCUCUUCUAGUGAAAGACAAUUCCGGCUUGCUUAAGAGAUGCUACUCUGCCAAGGCUUCCUACCUUUUUCAGCAAGACAAGUUCUAUGACGUCAGCUAUGACACAGGUGACAAAUCAAUCCAGUGUAGCCGAAGAGCAGAUGCCUUCAAAUUCUGGAUGACAUGGAAAGCACUGGGAACAACUGGUUUGGAGGAGAGGGUAAAUAGAGCCCUUGCGCUGGCCAGAUAUCUUGUGGAUGAAAUUAAGAAGAGAGAAGGGUUCCAGCUACUUCUGGAGCCGGAAUAUGCAAAUAUUUGCUUUUGGUACAUUCCGCCUCGCUUGAGAAACAUGGAGAAAGGACCUGAAUUCUGGGAGCAGCUCCAUCAGGUUGCACCCAUUAUUAAAGAGCGAAUGAUGAAAAAAGGUAGCAUGAUGCUGGGAUACCAGCCUCAUAGCGGCAAAGUCAACUUCUUUCGUCAGGUCAUUAUCAGCCCCCACGUGAGCCGUGAGGACAUGGAUUUCCUGCUCGACGAGAUAGACUCCCUUGGUCAAGACUUGUAACUGGUAUUCCGCAACACAAGGGACACCUUGUGUGCGUGUAGAGUUUACAGAUCUAAGAAUACACAGAGGAUAAUUGUACUAGACCAUGGAGCCCAUAGAUCAAUGCUUAAAUAAUUGAAAACUACAGUCUGAAACAAUAUUUAGGGAAAGGGACAGCAGGGAAGUAAUGCUUUUGAAAUAAAUAUUGCGUUCAUUGUUGGCAGGUAUUAAGUUCAAAAUUGAUGUUCAGAUGGGCCAAAUUUUAACCAGUGACAAACUGUUUUAAGUUAUUUGAAGUCAAUGGGAUUUCCAUUGCUACAAAAGGCCUGAGGCUGGGUUAAUGUGUAUUUUACAAAGUUAGUGUGGUGUUGGCUAAAAUUUAGAGACUCAAGGUCAAUUGCAAUGCAACAGUUGGUGGAUUGAGUGUUCAGUUGUCUACCAGCUUUCCCAAAAGCACCUGUAAUUUCUUUGGCAAUCAAAAUAUUGCAGUUGGUUCAUGAGCCUUUCCACUGUUCACAUUAAAUCCAUAUUGAAAAUGCAUAAGCAAGGUAUUUCUCAAACAUCUUAGAAAUAUUCAAGCUAAAAUAAUUGACGUGUGUGCAUUGGUGUGUGUAUAUAUAUAAAUAUAUAUUUCUCAUAGAGUUGUAUUUUUUUAAUUCUGUGUGGCUAUUUAAAGAUGAUUGUAAUGAUUCAACCAAUGGUGUGUUUCUAAAUUGAAAUUUACUCAUAAUAUUUAACUAGAAAUGCAGUUAAUAAGGCGACUAACUAUUUUUGUGAUGCUGAAAUACCCAUAAUGGGUUUUCCUGUUUUAUUUAAUUGAUGUUACGGUCAGUUUAGAAAAUAAAUUUGUUGUUCAUGAUCUUCCAUUACUGUAAGUGGGACUUCUGUUGUAUCUGUACAUUGAAUUUGGAAGUUAAAUUUGUGACAUGAACUAAUAUUAGAGCUCUAUAAUGUUAUAUCCUCUAUCCUCAGGCUAUUUAAUAUCCAGUACACAGCGGCCUCAAAAUUGUAGGGGUCCUUUUUUAAUAGCAUAUUGAAGCCUAUACACUUGUUUUUAGCUGAAUAUUGGAAUAAAAAGUGAGCAACCACUAA